AUGACCGCCGGCGGCGAGCAGCAUGCCGCGGGCGUCUCUCCGGCUCUCAUCGAGGCCAUUGCCGGCCUGACGGCCGGUUCCAUAGCCACGCUGGCAGUCCACCCGCUGGACAUUGUCAAGACGCGGAUGCAGAUCUUCCGCGGGACGGCCACGGCUUCGGCUUCCGGCACCUGCAUCGGCGGUCCGGCCGCUCUGUCGGCGGCUUCAGUCCUACGCGGCCUGCUGGCAGCGCCGCAUCCGCUGGCGGCGCUGUACCGCGGCCUGACGCCCAAUCUGUUGGGUAACGGCACCAGCUGGGCCUCGUUCUUCUUUGUCAAGUCGCGCAUGGAGCGUCUGGUGGCCUCGGCCAAGGCACCCGGACCCCAGGACCUGACACCGGCCGACUACUUUGUCGCGUCCGGUCUGGCCGGCAUCUGCGUGCAGGUCAUCACAAACCCGUUGUGGGUUCUCAAGACGCGCAUGCUGUCGUCGGACCGCGGCGCCCAGGGCGCCUACCCGAGCAUGUGGGCGGGCGCCAUCCGCGUCCUGCGCGAGGAGGGUCCCCGGGGCUUCUACCGGGGCCUCGGCGUCAGCCUGAUUGGCGUCAGCCACGGCGCCGUGCAGUUUGCUGUGUACGAGCCGAUGAAGCGACUGUACCUUCGGAGGGGCUCAGAGGCCGACAUCGACGCCUCCCAGAAACGCCUCCGGAAUCAUGCCACCUUGGUCAUCUCCACCACGGCCAAGCUCGUGGCCGGCGCCGUCACCUACCCGUACCAGGUCGUGCGCAGCCGGCUGCAGAAUUACGACGCUGAGGCCCGCUUUGGCCGCGGUAUCGUCGGCGUGUCGGCACAGCUGUGGCGCGAGGACGGCCUGCGCGGAUUCUAUCGUGGCCUCGUGCCGAGCGUCAUCCGCGUGCUGCCCGCCACCUGGGUGACCUUUUUGGUGUACGAAAACAUCCGGCACUCCCUUCCCCAGUGGAUUGCCUGA